UGUGUACCGUCUACCUACACAGCUGAACUUGGACCUCUGUCUUGGCUGGGAUGGAACCACACGGAGCCUCGUGGCAAGAUCUAAUGGAAACGGGAUUAUGAUCGGAGGAUGCUCGGCUUGUGUUUAUGAAUACAUUCGGAGACUAGGCAGAUGGGAUUUGAGUUGUUGGUGCACCAACGUGCCCGACACGUCUAAAGUCCCGGUGCCAAAUGGGAACUUUAUGGCUGCUCCGGUCAAAUUUGACUUGGAUCGAGUGUUAAGAGUCCGAGAUCGACAUGUGUAUUGCCAUCAGCACCAAUCAACGAGAUAUCGAGCCGGGCAAGCUCUCCAGUAGGAUAUUCAUCGAGUUCCGCUUGUUCCGGGGUAAAAUGUGUGGCUUUGGAGCAUCGCGAUUGCUAUCUGUAAUACUAGUUUCCUAGGAUGAGGGAAGUCUUGUCCAAACGUCCUGCAGCGUCAAUCCCAUCUAAUCUGUGAAUUGGGCAGAGA